AUUACCAUUUCAGCCCCAAGCACACAGAGAACAGAUCCAGCGUCCCCCGUGGUUCGCAGCAAAAUCCCCCCUCCUCCUCCAUAAACGAUUGCUCCUCCUCGGACUCAUCGCCUUUUCUCCUCCGCCACCAACCGCCUCAUCUCGCCGUCGUUGAAACUUCAUUACUGCUGAUCCGGUUUCCAUUCAGAUGGCGUCGUCUGUGCUCUCUCUUGCUUCCGCUUCACUUUCCACAUUUGAUAUCAACAAGGGGAAGUUGAGCCUUGGAGCUAACUGUCUAAGUUUUGAUCGCGACAAAAACCAUUCAUUUGCGCAGACCAGGUCCUUGAGCAGGAUAUCUAUGGUUGCUUCUGUUAAUGUCUCUCGGUUUGAGGGGAUAACGAUGGCCCCUCCUGAUCCAAUUCUUGGAGUUUCUGAGGCCUUCAAAGCGGAUACGCAUGAAAAGAAGCUUAACUUGGGAGUUGGUGCGUAUCGUACAGAAGAACUACAUCCUUAUGUGCUUGAUGUUGUGAAGAAGGCUGAGAAUCUUAUGUUGGAGAGGGGAGAUAACAAAGAGUAUCUCCCAAUUGAGGGUCUGGCAGCAUUUAACAAGGCAACUGCAGAAUUAUUAUUUGGAGCUGACAACCCAGUCAUCAAGCAGCAACGUGUUGCAACUGUUCAAGGUCUGUCGGGAACUGGUUCUCUUAGACUAGCUGCAGCUCUUAUAGAACGAUACUUUCCUGGUGCAAAAGUCCUUAUAUCUUCUCCAACUUGGGGGAAUCAUAAAAAUAUUUUCAAUGAUGCAAGAGUUCCGUGGUCUGAGUACCGUUAUUAUGACCCUAAAACAGUUGGUUUGGAUUUUGAGGGGAUGAUAUCUGAUAUUAAGGCAGCACCUGACGGAUCUUUUGUGUUGCUUCAUGGUUGUGCUCACAACCCAACUGGCAUUGAUCCAACACCUGAGCAGUGGGAAAAAAUUGCCGAUGUCAUUCAGGAAAAGAACCACAUUCCAUUUUUUGAUGUUGCAUAUCAGGGAUUUGCUAGUGGAAGCCUUGAUGCAGAUGCAGCAUCCGUUAGGCUGUUUGCUGCUCGUGGUUUGGAGCUUCUGGUUGCUCAAUCAUAUAGUAAAAAUCUUGGUCUUUAUGCUGAAAGGAUUGGGGCAAUCAACGUUGUCUGCUCAUCAGCAGAUGCAGCAGCAAGAGUAAAGAGCCAGCUAAAGAGACUUGCUCGACCAAUGUACUCAAAUCCUCCAGUUCAUGGGGCUAGAAUUGUUGCUAAUAUUGUUGGAGAUCCAGCCCUAUUUAACGACUGGAGAGCAGAAAUGGAAAUGAUGGCUGGAAGGAUAAAGAAUGUUAGGCAGAAGCUCUAUGAUAGCCUCUGUGCAAAAGAUAAAAGUGGGAAAGAUUGGUCCUUUAUACUCGAGCAGAUUGGCAUGUUCUCAUUCACAGGCUUGAGCAAAGUUCAGAGCGAUAAUAUGACAGACAAGUGGCAUGUGUACAUGACAAAGGAUGGACGGAUAUCUCUGGCUGGAUUAUCUUUAGCUAAAUGUGAAUAUCUCGCAGAUGCCAUCAUCGAUUCAUUCCACAAUGUAAGGUAAAAUGGAUAUCAGAUAGGUAUAUAAAAUAAAUAUAUUCUUCAAAGUUUUGUUUUCAAGUUCUAUGUUCAUCCGAGAUCGAAUGGGACUUCUUAAUCGAGUCUAAGUUCAACUUAAACAUUGAUCUAAAUUUUGUAAUAAAGUGGCUGAGUGAUAGUCAGAAUUCUUUGAUCGAAACCAAGUUGAAGCAAUCUGUAAUAUUUCUUAGUACUUAUUGAUGGUAUUUUCAUGUUUGAACUUUU